UUAAGGGUCAUCUGUAGGCUGGUGUGUGUUUGUCUUGGUCAGCACAAACACAGCUGACGUCACCCGCAGCUUUUAGACAGUGCUAAACUUCUCCUUGUGUCUGCAUGGCAGGAACCAAAAAAGCAGAAGGUAGAAAGUAAGAUUCGUUUCCUUUCAGAAAGCUCUAUGAAAAGAAACGUAAACUAAACCAUGAAGCAUUUGCAAAACAGCUCAGCGCACUGGCUCUGGGGGUCUUUCUGAGGCUGGACUUCAUUACUUCACCCAGCAGGACUCAUCAAUGGAGCAAACAACGCAGCUCAGCUUCUCCAACAGCAGCGUCUCCAACAGUUCAUCCUGUUCUCGAGACGGCGCUCUGAAAACCAUCGUCUUCCCCGUCCUCUACUCCAUCCUCCUCAUCCUGGGAUUAUCCCUGAACGCUCUGGCGGCUUGGGUUUUCCUCCGGAUCCCCAGCAAAUCCCACUUCAUCAUCUACCUGAAGAACAUCGUGGUGGCCGACAUCAUCAUGACCCUCACAUUCCCCUUUAAAAUAUUAUCCGAUGCCAAUGUAGCGUCCGUGGGCAUCCGCAUUUUUGUGUGCCGCGUGUCCUCCGUGCUCUUCUACCUCACCAUGUACAUCAGCAUCCUGUUCUUCGGUUUGAUCAGCAUCGAUCGCUGCAGAAAAACCAUGUGGCCGUUCGUAGGCACCAACCCCAAACGUCUACUGCACAGAAAACUGCUUUCGGGAGUCAUCUGGACGUCUCUCCUGGCUCUUUCGCUCCCAAAUGUAAUCCUGACCAGUCGUCCGAAUAUUGGAGAGCGCUUCAAAUGCAGCGAUCUCAAAACUGAGCUCGGACUGCAGUGGCAUGAGGUGGUCAAUCAUAUAUGCCAGGUCAUCUUUUGGGGAAACCUUAUAAUCGUGAUCAUAUGCUACACGCUUAUUUCCAGAGAGCUCUACAAGUCGUACGCCCGCACGAGGUCUCCGCGUGGGACGCAAAGCAAGAAGAAACACAUCCAGGUUAAUGUGUUCCUGGUGUUGGCCGUGUUUUUCAUUUGUUUUGUGCCGUUUCACUUCGCGCGAGUGCCCUACACCAUCAGCCAGACGCGCGCCCUCCUGUUCAGCUGCCCGCAGAAGCUGUUUUUCUUCAAGCUGAAGGAGAGCACGCUGUGGCUGUCCUCCCUCAAUUCUGUGCUGGAUCCGCUCAUCUACUUCUUCCUCUGCAAGUCCUUCAGGUCGUCGCUGUUUAAUGUGAUGCGAUUGGCUCCGGGACGCUGCAGGAUCCUGAGGGAGCUCGGGACAGAUUCGGCCGGCGAUCAACAGGGAAACGCACUGACAUGAUGGACAAAACACGGACACACACAUGGGAAAAACACUGGGGCUUGUUCUGUAAACAUGCAAUUAUACAAUGGGCAAGUGUUUUUCAACCACAGAUACACUAUCAAUCAGAGGUUGAUGUGUUCUUAAAGGUCCUGUUGAAUUAAAAUAGAAAAAUGUCGAUGUUACGCUGCAAAAAAAGCUUUCCUUACUUUGAUUUUUUUUGUCUUUUUUUCUAGUCCAAAUAUCUAAAAAUUCUUAUAUCAAGAAGCAUUUUCUAGACAAGCAAAACAUAUUGUCUUGUUUUUAGAAAUAAUGUGCUAAAAUUAAGUCAGUUUUUCCUUCAAACAAGCAAAAUAAUCUGCCAAUGGGGUAAGAAAAAGGAUCUUGCUUUUCCUUUUGACUUCCAGGAAUAUUUUUCUUACCCCAUUGAUAAACGAAGAACCAGUCAGUUUUCAUAACGGAUAAACAGCUCUCUGUAAUAUUUCAGCAUGCUUUCACUUGAAACAUGAAACUCACAUUUACUGAUAGGAAUGACAUUCGCCCUACUCAUAAAUCUUAUUCCAACCCAAGCUCAUUCUGGAAACGUAGCCCCGCGGAUGUUU